CGUUGCCAAAAAAACAAAUAAGACUAUUUGGAAGGGCCCCAAACAGAACAGUAUCAAACAAGAACAGUAUUGCAGAAUUAAAUAAAUACCCCACAGACACACCUUUUUAACGGCUAUAUUUCCAGAUUUGCCCGCCCUUGUCCCAAAAUUUGAAAUCCUCUUGUUUAUCUCUUGAAAACUGAGCCUUUAAUUUUUCUCUCCCUUCCAUAUAUAUCUGAAUUUAUUCUUUGUGUCUCUCAUAUUAUUCUUCUUCAUUAUUAGUAAAGUAUGUUGUUUUAAUCCUUAAUUUCCUUUUUAAUCACAAUCUUUUUUAUCUAAAUAACUUAAUUUCUCCUAAUUUUUCAGAUGGGUUGUUGUUUGAGCAAGAAUGACCCAUGUUCUGUUUCAUUAACCCAACAAAAUAAUCCCAAAGUAGAACAUACCAACACCAAGUACCAAAUUGCUGCGAUUGAAACAAACCCUAAUCCAAAAGAGGAUUAUAAGAUUGAUAAGAGAGAAGAAGAAAGAAAUGAGGGUUUAUUACCCAAUAAGAAGGAAGUAUUUGUAAUUCAUCACAGGAAAAGUAAUGAUAAGCGUUCAGAUUCAGAUGGGUCAGUCUCAAAUUCAUCGAAUUCGGGGGAGGCUGAAGAAAUCGGGAGGAACAUAUUAGCAGCAGCAGCAAAUGGGCAAGUGGUAAGGACUUCUAGUUGCACGAAGGAAGAAGUUGACGCUAUUUUGAUUCAAUGUGGAAGGCUUAGUAGAAGUUCUUCAGGUAAAGGGAAUGGGAAUGGGCAUGGAAGGAGGUAUUCUGGGUCUAAAAGGAGUUUUGAUUUUGAUAAAGAGAAUGAAAUUGUUGAUGAUUCAAAGAGGAAAGGGAAUGGAAAUGAGGGAUUGAUUGAUGGGAAUUGUGAGGAUGAUGAGAGAUCAAGGCGGCGACACUCGAGGGGGUCCCACAGAAGGAGGACAACACCAAGUAGGAGUAGAGAAAGGGAGAAUCAACAGUUGACAAGGUCAGGGAGUAGAGAGCGGAGUCAAAGUAAUGGAAGAAGGGUUAGUAGAUCUCCUGGUAGAAGGUCAGAUAGUCCCAUGAAUCAUGCUUGUAAUGGGAAUGGGAAUGGGAGGCCUGCAAAAUUAGUGUCAGUUCCUGCAACUGUGAGUUCAUUGACAAUGGAAAAGGCUAUCAAUGGGAAUGGGAAUGAGAAUGAGAAUGGGGAUGGGAAUGGGAAGCGGGUUUUGGUGAAGCGAAAUGUGGCUUCACCGCGGUCUCAGUCCCCUGCUCGGGCUUUAUCCCCUGCACGAGCUCGUUCACCAGCAAAAGGAGGGAAUGGGAAUGGGGGAGGUCAGCAAUCGGCCGCGAUUAGUAGGAAUGGAUCGAGGAAGGUGGAGAUUUCGCCUUGUCGGAGAACGCCUUUGAAUGAGAUUGAUAUCAAUACACUUCAGUUUCAUCCACUUUCUAAUAAGAAGGGUGUGCUUAAAGGGAAAGAGAUUGAGGAUGAUAUUGUGGUUGUUAAGCAGCCUAUCAGUUCAGUUUCUCAGCAGAACAAGUAUGGUGACACAAACAAUGGCAAAUUGCCUACUCAGGGAAAUCAUAGAAGAACAGGCAGUAGAGGGGCAGAAGGGUAUGAAGUUACAAAGACCAAUUACUGCAGAGUGAAUGCAGCUCAAACAAGCGAUCACACGAGAGAGCAAAUCGAAGCCAACGAAUGUAAUGCAGUGGUGACUUCAGUCGUAAUCUCAGGUACCAGCACGGAGAAAUUGCCUCAAACAUUGGUUAGAAGUCGGUCUGCAAGGCGAUCACGAGAUCUAGACAUCAACGCUGAGGCGCUUGUCACCCCAUAUCCCGCUACCAAUUACAACUCAUUGCUUCUUCAAGACAUUCAGAAUUUCCACCAGAAGAAAAGUUCUAACACAAACGAGUCUGGCACACCUCUUACACUGCCUGCUUGUGUGAGCAAAGCGUGUUCGAUUGUUGAAGCUGUGGCGGACCUAAACUCUGCCACAACUAACAAUAAUCUUAGAACCCCACAAGAAUCUAAUCUCUCGUUUCAUAACAAGAGGUUGGAAUCCGAAGACCCUUUUGUUGAAUCUGAGGUAAAAGUCGGUGAUGAUUUGCUGGAACCGAGUUUUCACAAGUAUGUGACGGUAAGGAAGAGGGGCGAUGAUGAGGAAUCAUCGGGUAGUAAUAGUGUGGGCGGAAAUAGUCAUAAGAAUUGGGCUUCCUCUUCGACAUGGGAGCCAAAUUCAGCUGAAUCGACCGACUGUUGGACGUCUAAGUCUAGCACUCGACAAGAGUCGAGUGCUGUGGGAUUUCAAAAACAUGCAAUAUCUGAUGGGGUUAAUGAUGAAUCCGAGAAGAGAUUCAGCAAAGGGGCAGCUCGAACUAGGACAAUUUCGAGUAGAGGGACUAUUACAACAUCAAAAAUAGUUGCUGGUUCGAUGUAAAUUGUUUAGAAAACCUUGUUCUGUGUUGAUUUUACUACUCUAGGACUAGAUAUGGUUCGUAAAGCAGUUGCAUACUUUGCAACUCUUUCUUUUAGCUACAUUUCAGAUUGUAUUUGAUUUGUUUCUCUAGGGUAUGGCAGACUAUCCCUUAGGUUAGGGUAAUAUGAACUUGACAAUUUCCUAAAUAAAACAUCUUAUUACAAAAA